CACUGCCAACAGUUGCCACUACAUUGGGGAUUUCUCUUUGCCUGGAAUUCGGGUGUCUUUUAUGAAUAAUCAAAAGCAACGAAAGCUAAUGCUAACCAGCCAGUGUUUUCAAACCAGAAAAAAAGAUAAAAAAGAGACGUUUGACCCUACUCAGUUUCAAGAUUGUAUUAUCCAAGGCUUAACUGAAACUAAUACUGAUUUGGAAGCAGUAACUAAGUUUCUUGAUGCUUCUGGAGCAAAAUGUGAUUACCAUCGAUAUGCAGAAACACUCGUUGACAUUCUGGUGGCUGGUGAAAUGCUGGCCCCAAGUGGUACAGUGGCAGAUGACAUGAUGUGUACAGAUGUCUGCGUGUUUGCAGCCCAAGAAGACCUAGAGACCAUGUAAGCACUUGUUCAUGCUUUUCACAAGUUAAUCAGGUGCUACAAAUACCCGAAGAAAGGUGUUUUUUUUCCACCACGCCUUGGCCUGCUGCUGCUGUUCUUAAAGGGUUUUUCAGAGUCAUGGAGAAACAAGCUGGCUAUGUUGACUGGUGUUCGUCUGGCUAAUGACAAUGCCCCCAUUUUUAAUAGCCUUUAUAAUGAGAAUUUGGUUAGAGACAGUGUUUCAGCAGCUUUUACUGUGAAGCUCUUUGAAUCAUGAAUAAAUAAAAAAGAUAUCAAUGCAGUAGCUGCAAGUCUUCGGAAAGUCAGCGUGGAUAACAGACUGAUGGAGCUUCUCUCUGUCAACAAGCAAAGCAUCGAACACUUCACAGAGCAUUUUACUGAGGCAGGCUUGAAAGAGCUUUCAGAAUAUGUUCAACAUCAGCAAACCAUCGGAGCUCAUAAGGAGCUCCAGAAAGAACUUCAAGAACAGAUGUCCUGUGGUGAUCCAUUUAAGGCUAUAAUUUUAUAUGCCAAGGAGAAGAUGAAAAAAAACCCAACGUCAGAAUCAGUUGUUACGGGAACAGUCUGGUGGAGUGGAAUGAGCACCGUGGAAUGGAACAAAAGAGGAGAGCUUGUAGCGGAGCAAGCCAUCAAGCCCUUUAAGCAAUACGGCCAUGUAUGGGCGACUUCCCGGGUUUCCAAUCACCAGCCAAAAGGGCACCCGGACCAGUGUAUUUUGUACGGAGAACUGCUGGCCGGGGCGCUGACAAAGCAGCAGCGCGGGGCAAAGCUGCCGCGCCAACCAAAAGAUCCGCUCAGGCCACAACAGCGGCGCUGGCGACCCCCACCCUGGGCUGGGAGCUCCCAUCACCUGCUCCUGUGGUCGCCCUCCUUCAAUGCAGGGCUCUUGAGCAGAAGGCACCGCUGCUCUGUGGCCGUGUCUCCUUGGCUGGCCAUCCAGUGGAUCCUGCCGAGCUCCCAAUCUCCGCGUGCUCCCAGGAAUCCAAGUAGAUUCGGUCAGGGGUGGAGCCCAGGCCACCUGGCCCUUCUUGCUACUGGAGCCAAACAGCUACCCCGCAGCUGCCCUCCGCUUUUUCGCAGACUCCGGAGUCCAAUCACUAUAAGCCAAGCCCAGGCCAUCACAGCCUUCAGCAGCAAAACCGCAGCUUCCGACCUCUCAGACCGAGUGAGCCAGGCAGAGCCUUAUGCACGCGCCUGGGCACACCAGCCAGCCAGAGGCCCAGGAAGCCGCUCCCAGGCGGCGCGUGGCUGGCGCUGGGAUUCUAGGGCUGGUAUGCUCGAGCAGGCUGGGAGCGCUGGGGCCUUGGCGCUCUGCGGCCACCAGAGAUCUGGCCUAGGAGGGGCUGGUUACCCCCACCCCCGCGCCUCCACUGCCCAGAAGACCACCUGCUUUGGCUGUCCAAGCUGCGACAUCUGGCCCCCUGUCCGCGACGCUGGGAGCCCGGCAGGGUGGGAGGUUGCUGGUUGCUGCUGUCCAUCCCGGAUCCCGAGGCCGCCCAGAGCACGCCUGCCCCGCCUGCCUCCGUGCCCCUGGGCUGCCCUGGCAACCCGUACACCGGGCGGGCAGCAGCAGCCCGGACGCCCCGCCCCACCAGGCUCCCAGCAUUAG